UCUGGGAGUGACGCGGCUGCGCGGCACCUGCAGUUGCUUAAUGAGAAAAAGAAUCAACGCACGGAACGAAGUAACGGAAAUCGCUGUCACUCAGGAGGCUGCAACUUGGAGACGGAUUCCCAAUCAGCUCCCAUCAUGAGUGGAAAGUCGCUGCUGCUGAAAGUGAUCUUGCUGGGGGACGGCGGGGUGGGGAAGAGCUCCCUGAUGAAUAGGUACGUCACAAACAAGUUCGACUCGCAGUCCUUCCACACCAUUGGCGUGGAGUUCCUGAACCGGGACCUGGAGGUGAACGGGCGCUUCGUCACACUGCAGAUCUGGGACACGGCGGGGCAGGAGCGAUUCAAGAGCCUGCGUACUCCAUUCUACCGCGGGGCCGACUGCUGCCUGCUCACCUUCAGCGUGGACGACCACCAGAGCUUCGAGAACCUGGGCUGCUGGAAGAAAGAGUUUAUCUUCUACUCUGACGUGAAGGAGCCGGAGAGAUUCCCCUUUGUCAUCCUGGGGAACAAAGUGGACAAGAGCGAGAGGCAGGUAACCCCAGAGGAAGCCCAGGUCUGGUGCCUGGAAAAUGGCAGCUACCCCUAUUUCGAAACGAGCGCCAAGGAUGAUACAAAUGUGGAGGUGGCGUUUGAAGAGGCUGUGAGGCAGGUGCUGGCUGUGGAGGAGCAGCUGGAGCACUCCAUUCUGGGCAACACCAUUGACCUCCAUGGCAACCGCAAGGCUUCCUCUUCUUCCUGCUGCUGAGACUGAGUAGACAGCUCCCCCUCUGUGUCUCUCAGCUCACCUUGUUGGCAUCAGUGGUUCCUUUACCUUGGCUGCUGGAGCUGAUUAAGAAAGGGGUCAUGGAGGAAGCAUCUGAUGUAUUGUGUAGUACAGAUCUGUAUUUUUAGGUAGGCUCUCCGGCUGUGGAGUUGACGGUCCACCAGUUCAACAUGGCAGGGUGCUUCAAAAAUGGAUGUGGAGCCUACAAAACAGUAUAGAAUAAAUGGCUGGUCUGGAACCACUUCUGGGCAUGUACUCUCUUAUUACUUGCAAGUAAAAUUAUAUAAUAAAUGUAAGCUGUUUGAGCUGUAUUGGAUCAGAGACACAGAAAAGCGAGACGAGGAUCCUGUUUUUCAGUGGUACAGGGAUGGAAAAGUUUGCUUUUAGAGAGAGAAUUUCAGUAUAGUCUGACUCUCUACUAAGAACACCUCUGAAAACCAGCCCAGUCUGAUAGCCCUUGAAGAGCAUCUUUUUCCUGUCUUUCUGUUCAUAGACCCCUGUGAGCUGGACUGAACUGCUUCUUUUUUUCUGGCCUUUUAGGCUAAUAAUGACUGACCUGAACUGCUGUAGCUAAAGAUGGGGUAACCAAGUUAAAAUGGCUUGGUAAUUUAUAUGUAUAAUCAAUGUCUUGCUUUGUUUAUUCUCCACUUUGCUGCUGUUAACAAGACUGGAUUGACAGCAGGCCUGGGCAUUUUAUGCACAAGUCAGUAGUUUGUAUUGGGCCGGGAUAUUUAAAGGGAAUUUUUUAGGUGGCGAUCUUGAAUUCUAUAGUUUUGCUUGCCAUUGUGCUUGCAAAACUUUAUAUAUUUUAUAUCUUUUUAGUUAAAUAAUUGUUUGCAAGGGUUGUAAAGUGACCUGGGGGGUUUCAAGCUUUUACAUAUUUCACUAAACCUAAACUUCUUGAAAUUUGUCAGUUAUUUUACUUUUUUCUGUGAAAUGCAUAGAACAGUUUUAUCCAGGUACUCGCGCUAACAUGCAUUGUUGUAUUUAGUAAUCAAGUAAAUGGUACAAUGGGUUUCUCCAUAUAAAUCUCAAGUGACAUUUCAGGUGAUAAAGGUAUGUUUACAUUCCAUAUUUAUCUGUACUACUGCACGCCUAACAUGAAACAGUAAUGAGCCAAAUUACCCUAUGAUACACUGUGAUCAAAACUGUCAUUUUAGGCCUUGUAUUGUUGGUCAAUAUUAUUUGACUCCGUCCCUUAAGAUAGAUAGACAGGACUUUAAAAUUCCAUUUCGCUGUUUAUUCCAGGUACCUUUUCACUAGAUAAGUGGUCCAACAGCAGCUAGGCCACUGGACAGAAUUUGACAAACUGCAAAGGAAGUGAUUGACAUUUCAAAGAUUUGAUCUGUACUUAGAAAAACACAAGAUAUGUAUUGCUACACUAAACACUUUUAUGUUAUAACCUUGACUCCUGGCUGUGCCUGUGCCUGCCCCUACCUCCAAGUUCGGUUUCAGUGGGUUGAGGUUAUUUGUUGCUGAUUUGGAUUUGCUUCAGUACUAAAAAUAAAUGUAAUAUUUUUGUGAAUUUUUUAUUUAUUUUUUUUUACCUAUGUUUAAUACUGAUACUAUAUAAAGAAGAGGCUAAACUAAAAAGCAGUGGACCUCUGAAUUAGACCUAGAUGCUGACAGGGAUCUAGGUCUAAUUCAUAUGUAGUCCUAUCAACGUUCACAGGUAUCCUUGUAACUAAAAGCAAAGACUAGGGUGAUGGUGCAAUACGUUCUGGCCUGUUAUAAAUGUUCUGUCUAGAUAAAGGAUUCUCUUAUAUUUCAGUUUAGCAGUGUGUGGAGCCUGUUAAUAUCCAAAUGCCAUAACAUGUAACUUGUGACUCUAUAUUACUUUUUUUUUUUUUUCUGCUUUGUGCACAGCAAGGAUGAGCACUCACAUGAUUGUUAUUGGAUAAACUGUUUAUUACAAAUGGAUGUAGCACUAAAGGUACAAAUUGAAUAUUAUUUUUUGUAUUUCUAAUUGUAGAUUAUUUAGUAUAUGAAAGUCUUGAUCAGGUCUGUCUUCAGAGUUAUAGUCUCUUAAAGCAUGGGUCUGUUCUAUUUAAUGAUCUAAAUGCAGCCAAACUCAAAUCUCAGAUUUAAAUGAAGACUGUACGCUAUUUACACUACCCAAAUUAUGCAGGAUCAAUACAUUUGGAUAGUGAAUAGCAAUCUGAUGUGUUUAAUUCAUGCUCACAGUGCUUUGUGUAGGUCGUAUGAAUAUAAUACAAAUGGCAUGGGUCUUAGAUCAUUAAAAUAGACCCUGCAAUAUGAGUCUGUCCUUUUUGAUCUUGCUGGGAUGGGUGUACGGGAUGUGUGGUGUCUUUUUUAUUGUGUUUUUUUCUGAUCCAUUUGCAUUCAGUGUUCGUUAGCCCCUUUUACUAGGGCUGCACUAGUGACAUCAGCCCCUGAGGGGCUACGGAUUGAGGAUAACUGGACUAAACUAAACUUCAGAUCCUCUGUCUUACAUAACCUAUGGCCAGAUAUUACUAGUGUGGUAUUUACUGCCAUGCCAUGGUGCGUAUUUCAGACAUACUCUCAUGCAUCAGUAAAGGGAUUUAAUAAUGUUAUCUGCAGAUCCUUGACAAUGUAGUCAUAUUUAAUACAUUUACAUUCCAUAAAGUAUUCAAAGGCAUGCCAUUUUCAAAAGAUGUUUUAUUAAUUAAGCAUGCCUGUGGUACUAGACAUGGUGACUUUGUUCCGUGUGUGUGAGUUUUUAUAUAUAUAUAUAUAUAUAUAUAUAUAUAUAUAUAUAUA